AUGGACGCGCUGUAUGCCAAGACCGACGAUGUGAUCGGGAAGGUGGACUUCGGCAUGUCACCGCCCCUGACCUACGAGCUGACACGGAAGUGGAGCAAGGACAAGAGCUUCCUCGAGAGCGCGGACGCCACAGUGAUCCCCUUCAGCUUCGAGCAAACGUGUCGCGCCGUGUCGUUGAUGAUACUCGCCCCCAGCUACAACGAUGAGCUCGAUGACCCGGACAACACGGCCAUCAGAACGUAUCGCCUCAACUUCUCGCGCGAGCUGGGGAACAGUGCGACUCUAGUAGUCUACAAUGCGGUCAAGAGGUACGUGGAAAAGGACCGCGCGGUGUUUGUGUGGCGUGCACUGGCAGAAGGUCAGGGCGAGUUCGACGGGCUGCACACAGUCGAGACUGCGUGGUUUGUGGUCCGUCCGCUCACCGCAGCUGAGGCUGAAGCUAAAGCUGGAGAGACUGAAGCACGCCACACCAAGGGCAGUAGUGCCAUGAUUUUGGAGAGCUACACCCGCUUGGUGCCGGUUGGGUUUGGUAGGCCGUCCGAUGACGACGCCCGCGCCAACAAGUUCAUUAAAAUUCUCGCCAAGGCGGACGAAGCAGACGUCAACGACAUGAAGCAAAUGCUGGGCAAACUGCUACUCGAUGAAGCUCGGGCAAACCCACUAGGAAGAUUAUGGUGCAGUUUUGGGUCAGAGUGA